AUGUCUGUCGAUGCGGCCGUCGUCAAGAACGAGGAUAAGUAUAUCCCCACAAUCGAUCUGCGGGACUACUUCGAUGCCUACUCGGAAGAAAAGCGAGCGAAGGUCAUUGAGCAAGUGCGGAAAGCAUGUCUGGAACAUGGAUUCUUUCAAGUUGAAGGCCAUGGUGUGCCGGUAGAGAGCCAGCGGCGAAUGUUCGCAGCCUGCAAGGCGCUCUUUGACCUCCCGUUAGAGAAAAAGAGGCGGAUUUCUCUGUAUAAAUACUCAUGGCGACGAGGCUAUGAGGGACCGGGCGAGCAGCAAGCCAACGACCCACACCAUGGUGACUUUGAGCGCGAUGCUAAAGAGGGUUUCUUUGUGGGAAAGGAACUCCCCCUGGACCAGGUGGACUUUGGCAAGGGACCGAACGUGUGGCCGCCCGAUCUCGCAGAGAACGAUUUCCACCGGCCGGUAAUGGAGUAUUAUGAACAUGCACGCAAGGUCGGGUUCAAAGUGAUGGAGCUUCUUGCUGUCAGCCUGGGACACCCGCCAUCCAUUUUGAAGGACUUUACCACAGACGCUGCAAUGUAA